CUACAUAUCUAGCACCUAUUUAAAACCGAGUAUAUUAUAAGAUUUCUGACAACUUCGUUACUGAAAUUUCCCUGCCGAGUUGUCGCAACGCUGUGUCACCCCUUUAAGCCAGUAUAGCUAAGAUGGAUGAUUCAAAGGGUCUCGCCUUGGCCAUCGAAGAGGCUAAGGCCGGGUACCAAGAAGGCGGCGUUCCGAUCGGCGCGGCGCUCGUCGCUGCUGAUGGCAAGGUGCUUGGUCGGGGUCACAAUAUGAGGGUGCAGAACGGUAACCCUAUUCUUCAUGGCGAGACUUCCUGUCUCCAGAACGCGGGCCGUCUGCCCUCGUCGGCGUAUAGUGGUAGUACCAUGUACACCACCCUCUCGCCCUGCGAUAUGUGUACCGGUGCUUGUCUCCUCUACGGCAUUUCCCGCGUGGUCAUCGGCGAGAAUAAGACGUUUCUCGGUGGCGAGUCGUAUCUAAAGCAGCGCGGCGUCGAGGUCGUCGUACUAGACUCGUCAGAGUGUAAGGAGUUGAUGGAUAGGUUUAUUGCGGAAAAGCCCGAGAUUUGGAACGAGGAUAUUGGCGUGGAAGAGAGGGUCUAUUCUCGGGAAGGUGUUAAGGCGCCGGGGGCUUGAGGGCUUGGAUUGCGCUGGGUGACACUCUCAUCAUAUCAUUAAAUCUCAAUUAGUUAAAGGUUUUAUUAUCCUAUAGUCCACAUCGCGAUAGGUGUUGAGUCAUGAAUUCACUAGUUAAUUGGCAGUGAAAACACCGCGUCGAGACUAUUUCUCGAUAAUUGAAAUCGAGAGAAACGCCUGGAGGGUAUCUUAUGUGCGGCGCUUAAAAGUUAAGCCGGCCGAGGGUGAACUAUGGAAAGAGGAUGGAUAUACCGAAGUCCGAAGGGGCGCCGCCACAAUCUAUUAUCAAUCAUGGUCCUCUUCCGUAAGGCCGGGA